AUGGUGGUCACGAUGCAUCCUGAGUGUCCUGCCAUCAUGCUGGCACUUCUUGGCUGUUUAACAUCUGUGCUUUUGGGUUUUCCAUUUGGACCUGUGCCUGAGUUGGAUGUCGUUCCUAGGACCACUGUGCUGUUCAAUGGACUUUGGGAAAGUAAUCAUUUUUCAGGUUCGACUGUAAACUACAGCACUCUGCUUUUGGAGGAUGGUACUGCCACGUUGUACGUGGGGGCCAGAGAGGCUCUGUAUGCCCUAGAUGCAGCUAAUAUUUCAGUUAUCCACAACAACAGUUAUAUUGAUUGGGCUGCAUCUGCAGAGCAGAAGAAACAGUGUCUAAACAAAGGGGGAGUUGGUCAGACAGAAUGCUACAAUUACAUUCGGUUUCUUGAUCGAUAUAAUGAGACUCACCUCUACACCUGUGGGACACAUGCUUUCCGCCCUCGCUGUGCUUAUAUAGAUGUGGAGCGAUUCAGCUUUGUACGUUUUGAGGAAGGUAAAGAAAGGUGUCCUUAUUAUUCAGCAAAAGGAUUCACUGGGCUCAUUGUAGAUGGUGAGAUGUACUCUGCCUCUCAGUAUGAGUUUCGCAGUUCCCCUGAUAUUCGCCGUAACUUCCCCUUCCCCAACCUGAAGACUGAGGAGACUCCGACCAGAUGGCUACAGGAGGCGGAUUUUGUUGGCUCAGCACUAUUGCGAGAGAGCAUCAACAGUUCCAUUGGGGAUGAUGACAAAAUUUACUUUUUCUUCACGGAGAGGAAUCCAGAGCAAAAGUCCUACUCCAGGCAGACCAGACUAGCCAGAGUGGCUAGAGUCUGUAAGGGUGACAUAGGAGGUCAGAGGACUCUUCAGAGAAAGUGGACGUCCUUUCUGAAAGCCCGACUUGUGUGCUCUAUCCCUGAGUAUGAGCUGCAGUUCAACAUUCUGCGCAGUGUGCAUGUGCUGGAAGUACCUAGUGUGCAGGACACCAUCUUCUUCACAGUCUUUGGACUUGAAUGGAAUAGUGCUAAAACAUCUGCAAUCUGCCAGUAUGCCCUCAAAGAUGUCCAAACUGCAUUUGAUGGACCCUACAUGGAACUUCAGGACUCAAAAUGGAGGGAAUACACUGGGAAACUUCCAGACCUUCGGCCUGGUUUAUGCAUAAAUGAUCAGCACCGUGCUCAGCUCAUAAAUUCAUCACGAGACCUACCAGAUAACGUGCUUACAUUUGUUCGAAGACACCCCUUGAUGGCCAGAGAAAUCCAGCCAGUGGGUGGGCGACCCCUAUUGUUCAAAAAGAACGUUAACUACACCAGGAUAGCUGUACAUAAAGUCACUGCAGUGGAUGGGAACGUCUAUAACAUGCUCUUCAUCGGAACAGAUGAUGGCUGGAUGCAUAAGGCUGUAGAGCUUGGAGACAGAGUUCACAUAAUUGAAGAGCUUCAACUGUUUAGAGAGUCACAGCCCAUAAACAACAUGAUUAUUUCACAGAAACAGAAGAGUAUAUACGCAAGUGCUGACACCGGAGUGGUACAAGUUCCGCUGUCUUUCUGUGGGCGCUAUGUCUCAUGCUAUGACUGUGUAUUCGCACGAGACCCACUAUGCGGUUGGGAUGGGAGACUUUGUGUUGAGGUGUAUUCAUACCCCAAUAGGUCUAGGCUAACUCAGGAUAUUCAGAUGGGUAACAGAGGUUGUGAAAACAUCACAGCUGAUGGACUGGUGUCCCACCGCACUCGUUCUGUGAUAGUAGGACACGAUGUGCUAUUGCUCUGUGAAAUUCACUCCAAUCUGGCAGUUCCACACUGGACUCUGAAUGGUGAGCAACUGCAGGGUUAUGCUGUGAAAUCUGUCUACCGUAUUGGUACUGAUGGUCUUCUUAUUAUUGGGGCUCAGAGUAGGCAAAGUGGACAUUAUAGCUGUUACACUGUGGAGAAUGGAGUUUGGAUUCCAGUGUGCAGCUACGUGGUCAAGGUGCAGCCUGUUCCUUCCUUUUUAUCAAAUCUAUCCUCAUAUCCAACAGCACUGCCGGAGAGUUUCUUUACCACUACUGCACUGUUUAUCAGCCCCACUAGUUCGAGCGAUUUAAAUGAGCAGCCCCUGCACUCCCUACCAUCUAGUCCAGACUCACACACCAACCAGCACAUGGAAGCUGUAUAUAUCAUCCUGGUGGCGGUUUUUGGUGGGCUCUGUCUGGUUCUUACUGUGAUCUUGCUGUAUGUGAGCUUUUGUGCACAUAGUGCCCAUGAUGGCGGAAAGUACUCUCAGGACGAGUUUUCAGUUACUCCAGUUACAGAGAGGAAACGGAGCUCACAUGUAGAGCUCAAGACCAUUUCCAGCCACUGCAAUGGGAGGACUGACAUACACUACAUAGCAGCCUCAACAGAAGGACAAUUCCUGCAGAUUAUUCCAGGUAUAGACCAGGUCAGCCCCGACAAGCAGCCUCCUCCAGCACCGCCUCUUCCAAAUCCGCCUCCCAUGCCAUCUACAGAAUACGCAAACGGCUUGUCAACCACAUUACCCAGCGUCUUACGGAAAAUGAAUGGGAACAGCUACAUGCUCCUAACGCAGGCAGACUCUGAUAUGACCUCGCCGCUUUACCAUUCCUUCACAGAGGAGCUCAGCAGGAUUUUGGAGAAGAGGAAACACACUCAGCUGGAUGUUGAGCCAGACGAGAGCUCUGUGUAG